AUGGCUGGAAAGGAAAGUGUUGCUUACCCUGACCAGGUCAGAGAAAAGCUUGCAGGCAAAACAAUCCUGGUAAUUGGGUCAAGUAAACCCGGCGCACGAAAGGUGUGGGAUAUUUUAAGAAACGCAGGUAUCAAGGUCAUUUUGGUGGCACACGAGUCUUCAAAUUACGGAGCAAGUAAAGUAGACACAUUUAUUUACUAUGAUUAUUACACCGAUCAGUCGGAUAUUGAGAAUCACGCAACCAACAUCAUCCAACUUCUUGGAGAUCGAGUUAGAGAUAUUGACGGAUGUUUUACCUUCACGGAGCCGGAUACACCAAUAACAGCGGUUAUAUGUAAGAAGCUUGAGCUGAGAGGAUUUCAUCCGGACGCUGCCCUGACAAUUAGGAGUAAGCAGAACACUUAUGAAGCCUUGAGAUCAAAAACAAGAAAUACCCUAUACCACGCGGAGAAGUAUUCACCCUCUUCUUACCGCAUUCUAAAUGAGGACGAUAUCAAAAAAGCCAAGCAGAUUAAGUAUCCUGCCAUCCUUAAGCCUGAACAUGACGUAGGGUCCUGGGGGGUUGUGAAGGUCAUGUCUGAAGACGAUUGCAUUUUGCAAUACAACAGAAUACAAAAUAAUUUCGGAGCGUCUAACUAUGGCGGUACAUUUGGAAAGUCAAUGGUUCUGAUGGAACUACUCGAAGGUCUUUCCUACGAAGUUGAUGUGGUGAUAUAUGAUGGCGAGCUUAUUGUUGCCUUUGUCGCUGAUAUUGGUCUCUAUCUCCCUAAUUCAUUUGCAUGUACAGCCAUAUGCACACCUUCCAGUCUAUCUAAAGUGCUUCAAGAUCAGCUAAAGACAGCUGCACAUCAAUGCUGUUGUAAAGCGGGAUUACUAAAUGGGGUUUUCAACUCAGAGUUUAAAAUGACCGAAUCCGGUCCAAAGCUCGUUGAAAUCAAUGGAAGAGUGGGCAGUUAUCGUAGAUGCAUUGUCUACAAGACUACACAGGGCGUUAUCUUAUGGGAGAUUGCAGCCGCCAUUGCUUGUGGAAUAAAACCUUGCAUUCCAGAUGUGCCCGCCAGAUGCUUUGCUGUCGGAACAUUUCCUAUUCAGUAAAUUCCAUGGAAAAAGGUUUCUGAAAGAAGAUGUUACUCACAAGUUGGAGUCAUUGGUUGCAGCCAAGGACAUUCUUCUUGAAAUGCGAGUUGAAACAGUAAACCUUGAAUGCGAGGAUGAAGAAUUCCUGGAAACGUUCUGCCAUCUAGUUGCUCUCAGCAAUACGAGUAUAAAGCAUGCGAGACAAUCGCUGAUACACCUUUAUCGAGAUCUCGGGUUUGACCAGACAGUGUAUGACAUAGAACGAUUCACAAGUAUGUGGGCAUAAUGGUGUUCAAAUCUGCACGUGUUAUUAUACAGUGAUUGCCACAUAAAAAAAUGUCGGUAAUCACAUUAAUACCGUUACAUUAUCAGUAUAGUCUAUGCAAACUUCAAAAGGAAAUUAUAUAUUGUUAAUUUUAUACAGUAGAAGAGGAAAUACAUAAUAAAACACAUUCUUCCACAAUAGGUGGGUGUUAUUCAACUCCCAAGGCAUGAAAAAAUCAUUAUAACUGUUAAAUAAUAUUCAGUUUAUGCCACACGUGGAAUAAACCCUAAAAGCAUUUGGAUUGGUUGACACGGUGACCUUUGACCCGAACUUCAAUUGUUGUUAACGUCAUCAAUAAUCGAAUGACGUCACAUCACCGGGUCCACGCCGUCACUUGUACAC